UAACCAAUGACGAAGCCGCCUGUUCAUGACUCUUAUUGGUUGAAUCUCAACUAGUACAUGACAACAUUGACAACCAGUCUUAGCUUACUUUCGAUGGGGAAUGUACGUUCGUGUUCAACGCAAAAAAUUUCGAUGAAAACAAGUUAUCUUAAAAAUAAGAGUAUGGUGUAAAUAAAUUAUUCGGUUCCUAUGUGAAAGAUGAGUGUAUAGAGUGCGAUUUGAUUGAUUUCCUAGUAUUAGAAAUUUUGUGGUCCUUGUUUAGUGAAAAUGAAUGGCAAAAUGCAUAGUGAAACCGGCGCUUUCUCAUCUGACGGCAUGCGCGCCGAAAUAUUGAACCCUUUUGUGCAUAAAUUGGAAUUAGAUAACACAUAUGAUAAAAUAAAGACGGCGAUAUUCACAGUGAUACUGCUACCUUUCCGAGUGAUCGUCAUUUGUUACUUAAUAGUGACCGCCUGGUUCCUCGCGUGCAUCGGUCUUUAUGGCCUUAGCGAGGAAGACCUUAGGCGGAAACCUAUGACAGGAUGGAGAAGCAAGCUCCGCUUUUCCAUCCUCUCCCUGAUGCGCCUGGUGGUGGUGGUCGCCGGUUUCCACCGCGUCAAGAUCCUGGGUACCGAGCACGCGCCCAGCGACCGCCGCGAGGCGCCCGUGGUCGUAAUAGCGCCUCAUUCGAGCUUCUUUGACGCCAUCGCUAUCGUGUGUCUUGGCGCGCCGAGCGUGGUCGCUAAAGCGGAUACCGCACGGCUGCCGUUCAUUGGACAAUUAAUAAACUACACACAACCUGUGUACGUUUGGAGAGAUGACCCCAACUCACGGGCUAACACUAUUAAAGAGAUUAUCCAGCGAGCGACGUCGAAGGAAGAUUGGCCUCAGAUCCUGAUCUUCCCAGAAGGAACCUGCACAAACCGCUCCUGCCUCAUCACCUUCAAGUCCGGCGGCUUCUACCCAGGUGUACCAGUCCAGCCGGUUACCAUCCGCUAUCCCAACGCCAGGGACACCGUCACAUGGACCUGGGAGGGACCUGGAGCAUUGAAGCUGCUCUGGCUAACGCUGACACAAGUCCACAGCUCGUGCGAGAUCGAGUUCCUGCCCGUGUACUACCCGAGCGAGGAGGAGCGACGGGAUCCCAAGCUGUACGCCAGGAAUGUACGCGAUGUUAUGGCUAAAGCCCUCGGUGUCCCAGUGUUAGACUACACAUACGACGACUGUCGACUGAUUGCCAAAGCGAAGCAGCUGGGAAUCCCAAGCGCCCCUUCUGUACGGGAAGUGGCCGAACUGAGAGCGCAACUUGGGUUGGAGCGGUCGCAGAUCGAGCUGCACCUGAUCGCGCAAGGUGCCGCCCGCCGCGCGCGCUGGCUCGGCGCGGAGGAGCUGGCGCGCCGGCUCGGCGUGCAGCCGGCCGCGGACGACGCCCAGCGACUCGCUCAGCUGUUCACGCAGCCUUCGAGCGGUCUGAUCUACUUCCCCGACUACCUGCUGUGCGCGGCGUUCCUGAUGACGCAGCACGCGCCGCUUACACAACUACUGUCUUACGCUUUCAAGCUAUACGACAGCACCGGCACCGGUCGCGUCAACGCAGCAACAUUCGAAGAGAUCGCGGGCCGCUGCCUCGGGCUCUGCCAGGAGGACGCACACAACACCUUCGGCCAGGCCGACCUGGACGAGAAGGGCUGGCUCACUUAUGAUGAGUUCAUCGCUUUCGCCCAAAAGAAGUCUUUCUUCUCGUUCCUAUUCGCUUGCGAGUCCGCACCGAAGUCGAAAUCUCAGUGAUCCGAACUCAACACCGUCACCACCGUCUCCGGGCAGCUCCACACCAGCAUGGCGUGAUCUGACAAAACGAGAUUAAAACGAAACAGGCGCAAUUGUCACUGUCACACUAAUAUGGAAGAGUGACAGAGAGACACGAGAAGCGAUUCGAUGGCGAAGCGUAAGCCAUCGUCACCUUGGCUAGGCCGCCUGAUACGAAAUAAUCAUCAUCUGCCUAUAUCAUCAGGGCCGUAUGCUUGUUUGCCAACAACGUGGUAUAAAAAAAAAGCCUACGAGUUUCGUCCACUUCAAUAAAAGGUGCAUUGGGGUAAGGCGGGGUAAAUAAAAAACACUAGAAGUAUUAAAUAAUUUCACGGUUUAGACUCACUUGUUUGUCACUCAAUACACGGUCGUCGUGAACGCUGCUCGCACUAUUAGUGCUUGAGAAAGGAGACCUAGGCUCUCCGAAACAUGUCGCGCGAGUGACUAAAACAAGUGUCUAAACCGUGAAAUUAUUUAAUGUUAGUAUGUCUCACAACAGUUUAAAUUCGACUAGAAGCAUUAUAUGUACUGUAUAGUUUGGGAUUGGGACUGUCUCAUUUCAAACAUAGACAGAGAUAAUCAUACUGUCAACCUUCGUGUAUUCCUACAAGGACGCGCCGCUCACGAUAGGAGUGGCGUACAUAGGGUUAAAGGUAAAAUACGAGAAACUUAGUAAGGUUAGAUGGGAUAUUAAGAGAAACAUUAGGGAGAGAAACAUUUGCAGGGACUUCUCAUACUGUUUGUCUUGCCCCGAGCAAGAUAAACUAUGUUUCUCUUACCCCACAUGAACUAACCUCCAGUGGCAACAUCAAUGUAUUACAUUCGGAACUUAUAAUGAUGUAAACAAAAUUCAGUCAUUCGGCCAAUAAAGAACAACGUACAUUUUGUAUCUAUGGAAUUAUAUAAUUACAUUGACAUGUGUCAACCUUUUUUGACUUAAAAUGCGUACAUUUUGUAUCUAUGGAAUUAUAUCAUUGUACUAUGGAUGGUAUAGAAAGGAUGCCAAUCUCUUAUGGCAGAAUUGUUGCAAAGUGACCGCUUUCAGCUUUAAAUAAUAGUUCCUAAUCUCUCCGGUUGCGCUAGUUAGGCUCUGGGACAUGAGUAUAACAUGAACCAUAUAAGGUAACAAAUAACCCGACCAAAUUACGUAGGUUGUUUUUGGUAGUAUUUCGGUGUAUGGUGGCGCCGCCUAAUUACUGUUUUUUGAUGGACACUUUUCAUACAUAGAGAUUUGGCUCCUUUAUAUAGUCUCCAUGCAUUGUACAUUAUUUUGAGAUCCGAAUGGAAUAGAUUAAAAAGAUAGUAGUACCUAUAUCUUUUUUGUACAAAUGGAACUCAGUAUAUUUGAAUAACAACGGGUAUGAAUAACUACAAAUUAUUAGAUUUGUAAGACUUAGGAGUAAUGCUUUUAACUGAUUCAGUAGCGUGAAUUAUGAGUUAGUACAAUUCGUUCUUGGCAAUGUAUGAUUUCAAUUUAUUUAUUAAAUAAGACUAAAGACUUUGGUUACACUUGUUCGCGGAUGACAGAUGUGAUGUUAUGAUUUAAUAUUAAUUCAAAACGCGAAUGUUUUAAAUGUUACAAAUAAGAAUAGGUCUUGGAAGUCAUUCGAUAGAGGCUACUUAUUUAUUAUUAAAUAUUUGUAAAAAGUCAUUCCUUAAGAAUGAGAACUGUCAUUAAUAGGGGUGAGUUACAACACGAGGGUAACUAUGAACAAGGAAAAAAGAGGGAGUACCCAAUGUGACAACACUAUUUUGCUUAUUGCCAAUGUCAGGGUCAUUUCCACAGCUAUCUCCAUUAGUUUUAAGUAAAAAUAGCUUUUAAAGUCACCCCAUGCGUUCCGAACUCCCGCUUGACGAUACCUUACAUUGUAAGUUAAAUUCUAAUCCUUGUGGUUCAAUCAAUAAGUUAUUCAAAGUGGAAGUAAGCUUAUCUAAUACUUAAGUCCCCGGCAAACUCGGUUCUCCAUACAAACGUAGUUACGAUCUCAUUUUAAAACGACUAGCUAGAUUGUUCUGAAACUUUGUACUCGCAAUAGGAUAAGGUUUAUACCUUAGGUCUGUAAUUAGUUUAUGUAGCUUUAGAUAGUAAAAACAUAGUAAAAAAAAUACAGCGAAUUUAAGUUUUUCAUACAAAAAUUGUUUUUGCUAUAUUUCGUUUGUUUUAUAAACUGGAGCUAUAUAAACUAAUUACAGACCUCGAUAUACCUCAUGUCAUUGUACAUGCAAAGUUUCAUUACAAUCCAACACGUAGUUUUAAAAUGAGAACGAAACUCCGUUUGUAUGGGAAGGUAAAAUUCGGUCGAGCUUGCCGGGGACUUUUAAGUCAAUUCUUCAUUUAUGCGAUUUAAAUAGAUAUAGAUUUUAAAAACUGUAAUAGA